GCGUGCUGCGGGGCGGCCGGGCCCGGGGCAUCAGGUACGGAGAGCGGCCGCGGGGACGGCGCUUCGGUGCGGCCGGGGUCGGGCCGGGCCGGGCCGACGGCGGUGGUGGCACGGAGAGGGCCGGAGGGAGCGGCGCGCGGAGGGGUUUGAUCCGCGCUGGGUGCCCCUCCCGUCAGCUUGGUGUCGCCUUCCUCGCAAAUAGCGCUAAAAAAAUACCCCUUGUCGUGGGAAGAUCGAUGAGCUUCGCGUUUCUGCCCGAUGCUUCGCUCCUGUUAGUUUUCUCCCCGCGCUCCUAGCAACAGAAAGAUCCAUUGUUCUCUGGGUCGGCGAUGCUGAGCUGACAGCUCUGAAGGCUGCGAUGUGGCGUGGUGUGUCUUCUUCGGGCUCUCACGGCUGUGUCAGGCUGCUUUGGGAACUGCUGCAGUGGGCCCCACUUUGAGACUAUGAUCUGAGAGCAACUUCUGUGAGCUGGACUGCGACUGAAGCACUUACUCAGCUGCUUUCAGGGCCUCGUGUGCCUGUUGCAGUGCUGUCUUGACACAUAAACUGUGUACUUUGCAGUUUCAGAUGUGCUUUGGAUCAGUGCUAACUUCAAAUUGUUGUCUCGGAAUAAAGGAUGCAGUAGAGCUAAGUAUAUGUCACGCAAUACAUGAUCUUUGUUAUUCAGCCCAUUUAGUAGCAGCACUGUGCGAUUGCUCCUUCUGAAAUCUCAGAGAUGACUUGCUAUCAAAAGAAUGAUUAAAAUAUCCAAAGAAAAUCCGCUGUGAGCUCAUUUUCAGACUAUGUUGCUUCCUCAAGCAUAGUGUCAUAGGAUAAAUCUGAUUGAGACAGCAAAUUGUCAUUUUACUCACCAAAUUUGUUAUGGAUUUUCAUUUCUGCUGUGCAGAAUUAAGGUGAUCUUAUUUGAAACGCCAAUUUAGGUGAUCAUUUUUGGAUUAUAGAUUAAAAAAAAACCCAAACACACCCACAACAGUGGAUUUUAAGCACUGGUUUGCAAAUUGUUUCCAGUAGAGCGUGUUCUCAGGGAGCAGAUCGGGGUUCCUUUGGUAGCUCUUGGUGCACUGACUUCCAGCUGCUGUAUGAGGUGUGUGAUAGGGUGCAGUUGGCUGCUGCCUCCUAGUUGUUCCGUAUAGGGAUUGAAAGCUGUCUUUACAAGGCUGCUGUCCUUCCUCUCUUAUCUGAAGGUUUGCACAUUUGAGAAGUAAGCAUUAUUCUGUUUCUGGAAUGUAAUAAUUACAUUUUAGCCAGGAAAAUGCAGGAAAAUGCAGAUCCAAGGCAGGGGCAAAAAUCCCUGCUUCUCAUAGGAGGAAAAGGAAACAUGGAACAUCUGUGAGCAAGUUUGCUGGCUCAUCCCUUCUGUCAGCAGCAUUUUGCAGAAGAUGGGCUGGAGGGGCUCCUCAGGGGACACAAGGGACAUUUUGCUUGUGAAGUAAUGCUAGCCACAGUUCUUAAAGGUGUUUGGAGGUGGCAAUCAUCUGUUGAUGCUAACACAUUGUCCUCAUAUUUCUGAGAAUCCACAAGUGGACUAAAAGAUUCAGAUAUGUCCUUCAUAUUUGAUUGGAUUUACAGUGGUUUCAGUAGCGUAUUACAGUUCUUAGGACUGUACAAGAAAUCAGGCAAACUAGUUUUUCUUGGACUGGACAAUGCUGGAAAAACUACACUGCUGCACAUGCUCAAAGAUGACAGACUGGGACAGCAUGUCCCCACACUACACCCCACUUCAGAAGAGCUGACAAUUGCUGGUAUGACUUUCACUACUUUUGAUCUGGGUGGACAUGCUCAAGCUCGCAGAGUGUGGAAAAACUAUCUGCCUGCUAUUAAUGGCAUUGUGUUCUUGGUGGACUGUGCGGAUCAUGACAGACUGCUUGAAUCAAAAGAAGAGCUCGAUUCACUAAUGACAGAUGAAACUAUUGCUAAUGUGCCUAUCCUAAUCCUUGGUAAUAAGAUUGACAGACCUGAAGCCAUCAGUGAAGAGAGGUUACGAGAGAUGUUUGGUCUGUAUGGCCAGACAACAGGAAAGGGCAAUAUACCAUUGAAAGAACUGAAUGCAAGGCCACUAGAAGUGUUCAUGUGCAGCGUGCUAAAGAGACAAGGCUAUGGAGAAGGAUUCCGUUGGAUGGCACAGUACAUUGAUUAAUGCCAAGAUCACAUUAGUUCAUCCUGUCCCAUGUCUGAAUAUUAAGUCUGCUCCUUAUUUGAUCACUCAGUGUAUGCAACUUGGAUUCGUUUGACUGUUUAGUUAUAAAAGCAUACAUUUUUACAUAAUUGUAUCUCCUAUGCUAAAUUGUAAGUGUGAGGAUUGAGAAAUUCUUUCAAGCAAGUUUGUAAGUUGAAGUACCACAACAUGUUAGCUUUCUAAUCCCAUACAGCAUUCUUUUGCAACUUUUAAUUUAACAAGUCUCCAGCACCAUUUUUGGACAGAGCAACUUUCCAGUACAGUAUGUUUGAAUGCACUUUUUAACAGCUAAAAACUGCAAACGUGAAAAAUAUUUAAUGCUUAUCAUGUUAAAUUUUUUUAUGUACUUUUUUGAAACUGGUUUUAUAACUUUAGAGUAUAUAACCAUCUUUCAAGGAAUAAUAAAUAAUUAGCUGAUGGAUAAUUGCAUGAUGCCUUACAGUUUUCAAUAAUAUACUUUCUUAUGCAACGUCAUGCAAUAAAUUUAAAUCCAGUUUUUGGCAACUUUAAUGGAAAAUGUUUCAUUUUAAUGUGUCUUAACUAGUGAGGCUGUCUGACCAUCUGAAUAUGGGGGAUGUUUUCCUGAAGCAAAGGAGGCCACGAAGUACUUUCACUGUAUAUUAAAGAGUAAGGUGUUUCCUUCAGACUACCAAAUUGCAUCUCCUUUAGGAUCUCACAUUAAUAGAAGGGAACUCUAAUCUGAUGCCCUUAUAACUACCACCUUUAAAAAGUACAGAUCACAGAAAGCAGUUGUGCCAAUGUAGAUCUCGAACUAAUAUAAAAAGUGGUCUUACUCUACUGGUACCUUGACUUAUACCCCUGAAAUGACACAAAAUUGCAAUUAACACUAGUACUACACUAAAUUAUUCUGUUCUUGGUUGAAGUAGAUUUGGAUUCUACCAGAAGAUUUGCC